AUGGCUAGUGCCUCGCUAAAACCCAUAGUUACCCGAGUUUCAAGGGAGAAAUCACACAGACAGGACACAGUGUCAUCGUUACAUAUGAAUGCUUCUGAUCAAAGAAAAUGCUCUUUAAAUUCAACAGCACAAAAAUUACCUUCAAUACCAAUUUCCGUUCCCACAUCUGCAACAACGCCGAGUGUUACUAAAUUAUCAAGAUGGAAGAUAAAACCAGAAGAAGAAUCUGAAAGAUCCGGCAAUAAUCGACGUAGAGCUUCAACUAAAACUGGCCUUGAUGAAACUGACAUUCAACCCACAAUUGAUGUCCUUAAACCUGUUGUUACACACGUAAAUUGUAAUAUGGCGGAUGAAGAUAAGAAAAAGAGAAAACGGCGACGUAAAGCAGGGUAUAAAGGAUGUAUUGAAAACAAUUAA